AUGAAGGAGGACCCCGAGAUCGCAGCAGAUGCGGUUCCUAUCAAUUCAGAACUUAUACCUGAGCUUAAUCAACUUUCCCAGAUAGCGAGGGCAGAGCUGAACUACAUUGAGCAGGAGAUCAAGGAUCUACAAAUUAUGAUCUCAAGCCAGUUUGCUGACUACAAACAUUUGGCCUAUCGUCUCUAUGCUGUCUUCGUUCAUCAUGGCUCCGUUGAAUUCGGGCACUACUACAUUUACAUCUGUGAUUUCGAACGGAAUAUUUGGCGGAAAUAUAACGACAACUAUGUCACUGAAGUGCACGACCUGGAUGAAAUAUUCACGAGCCAGGACCGCCAAAAUCCCCCGACUCCGUACUUCUUAGUAUACGUCAAUGCGACUAUGAAGGACCGUCUAGUCAGUCCUCUUUGCAGGGAGAUACUCGAGUCUCCCCCAGAGGAUCAACUGAGCGGGGAUGGAGGAAUUGCUACGGAGGGAGUUACUCCGCCGACGGUUGCAGAAGAUGUGGACAUGAACCCACCGGCAUACGAUGAGAUAUGGGCUGACAAAGGCACAUCAGGUACGGAAGAUAACCACCAUAUAGAAGAUAAAACGGGCCCCACAGGUGUGGGGGGUAAUGAGGUCACUGGCAGAGGGCCGUCAAACAAAGACACUGACUUCCAUGAUGUGCAAUGCUAA